AUGGCGGACAAGAACGCCCCAAAAGCCAAAAAGGCUCCCAAAGUGAAGCAGAUGGACUUGCCAAACGCUGCUGCCGGUGUGGUUACCAGAUUUCCUCCAGAGCCUUCAGGAUACCUUCACAUUGGCCACUCGAAAGCUGCCCUUCUCAAUGACUUCUUUGCGCAUAUUCAAUACCCUGGCGGAAAACUGAUCCUACGAUUCGACGACACGAACACCGAGAAAGAAAAUGCCGAGUUUCAAGACGCAAUCCGCGAGGACGUUGCCCUGCUGGGUAUUCAACCUGACACGAUCUCCUACACGAGCGACUACUUUGACCAUAUCGACGAGCAAUGCGUUAAGAUCCUAAAAGCGGGGAAAGCAUACGCAGAUGACACACCAGGAGACGUUAUGAGUACGAUGAGAAUGGCACGUGAGCCUAGUGUUCGAAGAGACGAAAGUAUUGAAGACAACCUUGCAAGAUACGAAGAGAUGAAGAAGGGUACUGAUGAAGGCCGACGAUGGUGUAUCCGAGCCAAGAUCUCACACGCAAACAACAAUGCUUCUCUGCGGGAUCCUGUCAUCUACCGCUGCCCCAAAAACCAGACUCCUCAUCACCGAACCGGCGACAAAUACAAGGCCUACCCAACAUACCAAUUCGCCUGUCCGGUCGUCGACGCUCUCGAAGGUGUGACCCAUGCUUUGAGAACGACGGAGUACAAUGACCAAGAUGCUCAGUACAAAUGGAUCCUGAAAGCAUUGGAGUUGAGACCUGUUUACAUCUGGACGUUCUCGAAAAUCCAAUUUGUACGCACUUUGAUGUCCAAGCGCAAGUUGACCAAGCUUGUCAAUGCUGGUACUGUGUCGGGCUGGGAUGACCCACGUAUGCCUACUGUGAGAGGCAUCAGACGGCGUGGCAUGACAGUCGAGGGACUUCGAGAUUUUAUGGUCAGUCAAGGACCAAGCAAGAACGUCGUCAACAUGGAUUGGCACACUAUCUGGACCAUGAACAAGAAAGUAAUUGAUCUUCAAGCCGGUCGAUAUACUGCAAUCGACAAGAAUUACCUGGUCUGCAAGACCAAGGGUUUUGACAAGGAGCCCUACGCUGAGACGAAGCCAAAGCACGCCAAAUACGAUUUAGGAGAGAAGAAAGUCUGGUUCAGCGAGAAGAUCAUGAUCGAGCAGGAGGAUGCAAGGACGUUCGCCGAGGGUGAGGAGAUCACACUCAUGAAUUGGGGUAACGCCUUUGUUCGGAACAUUCAGUACGAGAAGACUAGCGAUAAGGCUGAUAUUGCCGACGGUGUCAAUGCCCUGGGCAAUGUUGCUUCGAUGGAGCUCGAGCUACAUCUGGAAGGCGACUUCAAAACCACCAAGAAGAAGGUCACCUGGCUAUCCAAGGACCAAAAUUUGUGUCCUGUUGAGCUGGUAGAGUUUGACCAUUUAUUAACCAAGGACAAACUGACCGAGGAGGAGGAGGCUCAUUGGGAGGAUUUUCUGGCACCAAAAACCGAGUUCAAGUCCUACGCGGAAGCUGACUGCAAUGUCUGGGAUGUCAAGGUUGAUGAUUUCCUCCAGUUUGACCGUAAGGGAUACUUCAGAUGUGACAAGACUGCGACAAAAGACUCACCGGGAGUUUUCUUCAAGAUCCCAACAGGAAAAGAAUAG